AUGUCGCAGAAUCUACAGGUGAAACGUAAGCGAACCAGAACGCUGGACACUGCUCCUCGUGCAGGCAUGUCGUUGCGUUCAGUGCCUCAGGGUAUGUUUCUCGAUAACGACGCGGACCCUAUCAUCGGCGAAAUGCUGGCACGGCAGUCUGCUUUGUUGCAGGGCAACUUAAUAGAUUCCCAUUUUGCCACAGCUACAACUGCAGAGAGUUCGCUAGCAGCAGCAGCUGCAGCAGCAGCUGCUGGAAAGGAGAACUCUUUAAACGAACUCACAGUGGCCGGAGGAACGGACGAUACCACCAUCAACAACAACAACAACAACAACAACAAUAAUAACAAGGACCACGAAGAGGAAGACGACGAUCUGAUUUUUGUCAAGGAGCAGCCCGCUCAAUUUCCGAUUCCUUUGGAUCCGCAUGCAGAACACCAUUACACGAGCAAAAAAUUCAAAAAGCAAAGAACUAUUUCCCUACCGCAGCUUCCGCACUCGAAACUGCUGUACGAGGCUGCUCAACAUCGUGCUUUGCCGCAUCGUCAAAAUGACGAUGAUUUGCUCCAUCUCAGUGGGUCAUCCACCAAAACCAUUGAUGGGAAUCGCGCUGUCACUUUAAAUGUGGUAAAAAGCGUUUCCCCUCUAAGCGUCAAUGAUCAUGGCUCGCCAGUUUUCAAACGUAUGACCACAGCGCCCAAAAUAUCAAGACUUGUAACUGCAGCCAAGAAAAAGAACAAGAAAGAUUUUUUCCAAACCGACAAAGAAGGCCACUAUGUCUACCGUGAUGAAGACAAUUUUUGCAACGGCAGGUUUGUCGUCAAGAGUUUGCUGGGGCAGGGCACCUUUGGUAAAGUGGUACAGUGUGUUGAUAAUGUUCCUUCUUCUAUGCAAAGCAAUGACUUUCAAGGAUUCGAAGACCCGUUCUCUGAGUCUUUCGAGGACUCUCACUUUGAUCUCGAUUUUCCAACCUCAGAGCCCAACAUUCCAAAGCCCGCCAAGCUCGUCGCUGUCAAAAUUAUACGUGCUGUUGACCGGUAUCGUGAAGCUGCAAAAACCGAACUGCGAGUUUUGAAAGCUAUUUUGGACAACGAUCCAUUGGGCCAAUACCAAUGCUUGCUGCUACGUGAGUGCUUUGAUUACAAAAAUCAUAUUUGCUUGGUGACCGAUUUGUUUGGAAAGUCCAUUUAUGAUUUCAUGUGCAAUAACGGUUGCGCGCGCUUCCCCGGUUCCCAUGUUCAAGCGAUAACCAAACAAUUGAUUCGCUCCGUAUGCUUCUUGCAUGAUCUGGGUAUAAUACACACGGACUUGAAACCGGAAAACAUACUUCUUUGCGAUGAAACGUACGUUGGUAAGCCUCUCUCCCAGCAAGAGCUUUCAAAUUUGAGCCCACGUCGUAAAAGUGCUUGCAACGGAGAACGCAAAUUUUUGACCAAUCCUGAUGUCAAGCUGAUCGAUUUUGGGAGUGCUGUGUUUUACAACGAGUUCCAUCCAGCAGUCAUUUCUACUCGACAUUACCGUGCACCGGAAAUUGUUUUGGGUUUGGGUUGGUCGUUUCCUUGUGACAUCUGGUCUAUAGGUUGCGUGCUUGUGGAAUUGGUCACAGGAGAGUCAUUGUACCCGAUACAUGAGAAUUUGGAGCACAUGGCUAUGAUGCAAAGGUUCAAUGGCAGACCAUUUCCUCCCAAAAUUGUGGAGAAUAUGUUCUACAAAUCAGAUCGUAAGAUAGGAAACCUGGCCCCAGAUUUGAAUGCCACGGUUGUGAAGCAUUUUGAUAGAGACACACUGGCACUACAAUGGCCCGAGCGUAAUUCCAAAGGCGAGAUCGUAACCAAGGAGAGAUCUAUGAAAAGGAUUUUGUCAGGCUGUGAUCGGCUAGACAAAUAUGUGAUGCAAAAAAUACGACAAGAUCACGGUGACUGGCUAGUCAUUAAUUGGGAUAUGAGUGCUGAAGAUAAUUGGGCUCUAUUAGAAUCACAGUUCGACGAGCAGGUGCUCGAUAAGGAAGUGUUUUUAUUUUGGUUUUGGUUCCUGGAUUUAUGCAAGAAAAUGUUUGAAUUCGACCCAACCAAAAGGAUCACUGCCAGGGAGGCAGUAAACCACGAAUGGUUCAAUUAUGGUAUAUUGGACGAAGGCAUUGCAAGCUUCGGGAAAAAUCAGCACGGUUAA